AUGGAGUCAGUGGGAAAUCCAGCUGGUGGUGCUCCUCAGCUUCACCCUGCAAAUCUUUCUCUUCUUCACCCUGCAAAUGCUCUGCUCAGGCUUCUUACCUGGCUAGCUUAUGUUGCGGCAGACAUGGUCGCCGUAUACGCCCUUGGCCUCAUAUCCCGAGAUGAUCAGAGCACCACGACAUCGCCUGGAUCAUGCCAUGGGAACAAGGGAUCAAACGGACUCUCCACGGGCACAAGCCGCCACCUAGCGUUCCUCUGGGCGCCUUUCCUCCUCAUCCAUCUCGGCGGGCAGGACACCAUUUCGGCCUUCUCCAUCGAGGACAACAACCUGUGGCUGAGGCACCUGCUGAACCUGACCAUCCAAGUCUCCUUGGCCUUGUACGCCUUUUGGAAGUCGAUAGGUGGACGUAACCAGCGGCUCCUUGCUCCAGCCGUCCUGGUGUUCGUCGCCGGGAUCAUCAGGUAUGGGGAGAGGACAUGGGCGCUCAAGUGCGGUAGCCGGAAUGGCCUCAAGGAAACAAGCCUGCCCCCAUUGCCUAAGCUGAAUGUUGAGGUCGACAAAAGCAGCUAUGUUGGCACCAUCUGCUACGUUCUAGGCUCAAUGGCUGCCAUCCGGGAUCUUUUCUCAGGGCGCACCACCUCCCAAAUGAAAGAGCGUCGAGCCUUCAGGUUCCAAGAAGACAGGCCCCUAGACCAAGUGCCCAAGCUGCUGGAGGUCGAGCUUGCCAUGAUGUACGAUGAUCUCUACACCAAGGCCAUGGUGCUUAGAACAAGGACAUGCGUCGUGCUCCGGUGCGUCAGCCAGGUCUCCUCUAUAGCUGCCUUUGUGCUCUUUCUAGUUGGAAACGACAGACAAGAAUACAGUGGAACCGACAUCGCGAUCACCUAUGCGUUAUUCAUCGGUGGAUUAAGUCUUGAUGUUUGUGCUUUUGUUCCGAUUGCGAUGUCGCCGUGGACUUGGGCCUUCUUCAAAGCUCGAAGGUGCGAAAGGCUUGCCCGCAUUUCUUGGCUCGUUCUCUCAAGUCGCGUCGGCUGGCCGGAGAAGAGACCGUUGUGGUCCAACUCUAUGGGGCAGUAUAACUUCUUGAGCUCAUGUAUGGGCUGUGAGCAAUCAGCAACAUCAUCCAAACUAAUGACUGUCAUGAGAAAGAUGUUAGACGCGGUUGAGAAGAAGCUCUUCGUCAGAAACCUACAGCACACCAAGCAUGCCAAGGUGAGCAAGGUCGCGUGGGUUGGACGCCUUUCCCGCGAAAACUUCACAAGGAUGACGCAGCAGCAACACUGGGCGAAUCUUCGCCCAAUCAUCAAGGCAACACUGAGCUCCGCAGCUAAUUCUUUCGGCGAUAACAUCAUCCUCUUGCAUACAUACACAGAACUGCACUUGCGGAAACGCCCCAGCAACAUGGAUGACGAAGCAUUAUCAGACAUGUGCAGGAAGUUGGCUAACUAUAUGGUGUACCUCCUGGUUGUGCAGCCUUCCAUGUUGCCACUAAGUGGCACCGCGGAGGACACGUUGGCCGGACUCUACGAGGAGAUGAGCAAGAACGGCAGCCGCGAGCGAGAUGUCCUAGACACCGCCUAUCAUCUGGUGGAAGACAAGCUGGAGUUCGGCUAUGAGGAAUGCCUGAAAGAACAGGAGCAACCCGGGCCGUGGCGCGAGACGCUGACGGAGAUCCAGGAUAUGUGGAUGAGGCUACUGCUCUACGCGGCCGGCAAGUGCCCCGUGGAGAUGCACGCCCAGCAGCUAGGCAGAGGAGGGGAGCUCCUCACCAUGGUCUGGUUGCUCAUGGCGCAUAAUGGCAUUGGAGACGUUGGUGAUCAGGUUGAGCUUAUCACUAAUGAUGAAACUAUGGAGGGCCCGUUCUGUGCAUUUCAUCUUCCUAAAGAAUCAGAACACAUGUCUGCAUAG